AUGGUGGCGAGGACCAAGGUGCCUUGUUGUUCCGUGUGCCACACGCGGUAUAAUGAGGACGAGAGAGCUCCUUUGUUGCUUCAAUGCGGCCAUGGCUUCUGCAGGGAUUGCUUGUCCAAGAUGUUCUCUACCUCUGCCGACACCACCCUCACUUGCCCCCGUUGCCGCCAGGUCUCCGUCGUCGGGAACUCUGUCCAAGGUCUGCGGAAGAACUUCGCUAUGCUUUCCCUCAUUCACGGCGCGUCCGGCGGCGGCAACUUCGACUGCGAUUACACGGACGAUGAGGACGAAGACGACGAAGAUGACGACGGGAGCGACGAAGACGGAGCUGCUCGUUCCGCCCGCGGAUUCCACGCCUCCAGUUCGCAUAAUAGCUCGUGUGGUCCGGUGAUCGAGGUCGGAGCUCACCCGGAGAUGAAGCUGGUGAAGCAGAUUGGGGAAGAGGGCAGUAGUCCCGGAGGAGUUGAGAUGUGGGAUGCGACUGUUGCAGGCGGCGGUGGGAGGUGUAAGCACCGUGUGGCGGUGAAAAAGAUGUCCUUGACGGAGGAAAUGGAUGUGGAUUGGAUGCAGGGACAGCUUGAGAGCUUGCGGAAGGCAUCCAUGUGGUGUCGGAAUGUUUGUACUUUCCAUGGGGUUGUGAAGAUGGAUGGAUCUCUCUGUCUUUUGAUGGAUAGGUGCUAUGGCUCUGUACAGUCUGAGAUGCAACGCAAUGAAGGCAGGCUCACUUUAGAGCAGAUCCUAAGAUAUGGGGCUGAUGUUGCUCGAGGGGUUGCAGAACUCCAUGCAGCAGGUGUUAUAUGUAUGAAUAUAAAACCUUCCAAUCUUCUUUUGGAUGCAAAUGGCAAUGCUGUGGUUUCUGAUUAUGGGCUUGCUCCCAUCCUGAAGAAGCCAGCAUGCCAGAAAACUAGACCAGAGUUUGAUUCCUCGAAAGUUACUCUAUGUACGGACUGUAUUACACUUAGUCCACACUACACUGCGCCAGAGGCUUGGGGGCCAGUGAAAAAACUUUUUUGGGAGGAUGCAAGUGGUGUAUCUCCAGAGUCAGAUGCAUGGAGUUUUGGUUGUACGUUGGUUGAGAUGUGCACUGGCUCCACUCCGUGGGACGGUCUUAGUAGAGAAGAAAUUUUUCAAGCUGUUGUCAAAGCCCGGAAAGUACCACCACAGUAUGAACGUAUAGUAGGUGUGGGAAUCCCUCGAGAAUUAUGGAAAAUGAUUGGCGAAUGUCUUCAGUUUAAACCGUCGAAAAGGCCAACUUUUAAUGCAAUGCUUGCUACAUUUCUUCGUCAUCUUCAAGAGAUACCACGCAGCCCUUCAGCAAGCCCUGAUAAUGGGUUUACCAAAGUAUGUGGAGUAAACAUUGUAGAAGAAACUCGGACAACUAACAACGGGGUCUUACAGGAUAACCCUAACAACCUACAUCGGGUUGUUUUGGAGGGAGACGUUCACGGUGUAAGAAAUAUACUAGCAAAGGCUGCAUCUGGAAGCGGUGGAAGCUCUGUGCGAUUUCUAUUAGAGGCGCAAAACUCUGAUGGUCAAUCUGCUCUUCACUUAGCUUGCAGACGUGGCAGUGUCGAACUUGUGGAGGCUAUAUUAGAGUAUGGGGAGGCGAAUGUAGAUAUCGUGGACAAAGAUGGGGAUCCUCCUCUCGUCUUUGCUUUAGCAGCCGGAUCUCCACAAUGUGUUCAUGUACUCAUAAAAAAGGGGGCUAAUGUUAGGUCCAGACUGCGGGAUGGAUCAGGCCCAUCUGUUGCGCAUGUGUGUUCGUACCAUGGUCAACCUGAUUGUAUGCGUGAAUUGCUGGUAGCUGGAGCUGAUCCAAAUGCAGUGGAUGAUGAAGGUGAAACUGUGCUACAUCGAGCUGUUGCCAAAAAAUACACAGAUUGUGCCGUUGUUAUAUUGGAAAAUGGGGGAUCUAGAUCGAUGGCCAUUUCAAAUGCAAAGGGCCUGACGCCGUUGCAUAUGUGUGUAGCAAUAUGGAACGUUGCUGUUAUCAAGAGAUGGGUGGAAGUUUCCAGUCCAGAAGAAAUUUCUCAGGCAAUUAAUAUUCCAAGUCCAGUUGGCACUGCUCUGUGUAUGUCUGCUGCGAUAAGGAAAGAUCAUGAAAAGGAAGGUAGAGAGCUAGUCCAGAUAUUGCUUGCGGCUGGGGCAGAUCCGACUGCGCAAGAUUCUCAGCAUGGGCGAACAGCGUUGCAUACUGCUGCUAUGGCUAACAAUGUGGAACUUGUGAGAGUCAUUCUCGAUGCUGGUGUGAAUGCGAACAUCCGGAAUGUUCACAAUACAAUUCCCCUUCAUAUGGCUUUGGCCAGAGGGGCGAACGCCUGUGUUAGCCUACUUCUUGAAUCUGGUUCGGACUGCAAUAUACAGGAUGAUGAAGGAGACAACGCAUUCCAUAUAGCAGCAGAUGCAGCAAAGAUGAUACGUGAAAACCUUGAUUGGUUAAUUGUGAUGCUUAGGAGUCCUGAUGCUGCUGUGGACGUCAGAAACCACAGUGGCAAGACAGUACGUGACUUCUUAGAAGCCCUUCCAAGAGAAUGGAUUUCAGAGGAUCUGAUGGAGGCACUAACAAAAAGGGGAGUUCAUCUAUCACCUACAAUCUAUGAGGUAGGGGAUUGGGUGAAGUUCAAGAGAGGCGUAACAACACCCUUACAUGGUUGGCAAGGUGCUAAACCUAAGAGUGUGGGGUUUGUGCAAACCAUUCUUGAGAAGGAGGACAUGAUCAUCGCAUUUUGUUCUGGUGAAGCUCGUGUUUUGGCAAAUGAAGUUGUUAAGCUGAUUCCAUUGGACAGGGGCCAGCAUGUUAGACUCAGAGCAGAUGUCAAAGAGCCAAGGUUUGGUUGGCGUGGCCAAUCACGUGAUAGUGUGGGUACUGUUUUAUGUGUUGAUGAGGAUGGGAUCCUACGAGUUGGGUUUCCUGGAGCAUCUCGAGGCUGGAAAGCUGAUCCUGCUGAAAUGGAACGUGUGGAAGAGUUCAAAGUUGGAGACUGGGUCCGUAUCCGUCAGAAUCUGACUUCAGCAAAACAUGGUUUGGGAUCUGUUGUCCCAGGGAGUAUGGGGAUUGUUUAUUGUGUAAGGCCAGAUAGCAGCCUUCUCGUGGAGUUAAGUUAUCUUCCAAAUCCCUGGCAUUGUGAACCCGAGGAAGUUGAACCCGUUGCCCCCUUCAGGAUUGGUGAUCGGGUGUGCGUAAAGCGGUCAGUUGCUGAACCUCGAUAUGCUUGGGGUGGUGAAACUCAUCACAGUGUUGGUAAAAUUAGCGAAAUAGAGAAUGAUGGUCUCCUUAUAAUUGAAAUACCAAACCGACCUAUACCAUGGCAGGCAGAUCCAUCGGACAUGGAAAAGAUUGAUGAUUUCAAGGUUGGUGACUGGGUCAGAGUGAAGGCGUCUGUGUCAUCCCCGAAAUAUGGAUGGGAAGACAUUACUCGAAAUAGUAUUGGUGUGGUGCACAGCUUAGAUGAAGAUGGUGAUGUGGGGAUAGCUUUCUGUUUCAGGAGCAAGCCUUUUUCAUGUUCUGUGACAGAUGUUGAAAAUGUUGUACCCUUUCAUGUGGGGCAAGAGAUUCAUAUGACACCAACCAUCACCCAACCACGACUUGGAUGGUCAAAUGAGACUCCAGCAACUAUUGGUAAAAUAAUGAGAAUCGACAUGGAUGGGACUCUGAGUGCACAGGUGAUUGGUAGACAGACAUUGUGGAGAGUUUCACCUGGAGAUGCAGAGCUGCUCUCAGGUUUUGAAGUCGGUGAUUGGGUGCGCUCAAAGCCAAGCCUGGGAACCAGACCAAGCUAUGACUGGUUUAAUGUAGGAAGGGAGAGUAUUGCUGUCGUUCACAGCAUACAGGAAACAGGUUACUUGGAGCUGGCUUGUUGUUUCCGGAAAGGAAGAUGGAAUACUCAUUACACAGAUUUAGAGAAGAUUCCAGCUCUCAAAGUUGGCCAGUUUGUGCAUUUCCAGAAGGGCUUGACAGAACCAAGAUGGGGCUGGAGAGGAGCUAAGCCCGAUUCACGAGGUAUCAUAACCACUGUUCAUGCUGAUGGAGAGGUAAGGGUUGCUUUCUUUGGAUUGCCUGGGUUGUGGAGAGGAGAUCCAGCAGACUUGGAAGUGGAGCCUAUGUUUGAAGUUGGAGAAUGGGUAAGACUUAGAGAAGCUGCUCCUAGUUGGAAGUCCAUUGGACCAGGAAGUGUUGGUGUAGUGCAUGGAGUAGGAUAUGAGAAAGACGAGUGGGACGGAACCACUUCCGUUUCGUUUUGUGGCGAGCAAGAAAGAUGGGCGGGUCCUUCUUCGCAUCUAGAGAAAGCAAAGAAGCUUGCAGUCGGGCAAAAAACUCGAGUCAACCUGGCAGUGAAACAGCCUAGGUUUGGUUGGUCAAAUCACAGCCACGGGAGUGUAGGAACCAUAGCAGCCAUUGAUGCGGAUGGUAAGCUACGGAUAUACACACCAGCCGGCUCUAAAACAUGGAUGCUCGACCCGUCGGAAGUGGAAACCAUAGAGGAAGAAGAGCUAAAAAUAGGGGACUGGGUUAGAGUUAAGCCGAGCAUCUCAACACCCAGUUACCAGUGGGGAGAGGUGAACCCUUCAAGCACAGGGGUGGUUCACAGAAUGCAGGAUGGAGACUUAUGGGUAUCUUUCUGUUUCCUAGACAAGCUAUGGCUUUGCAAAGCCGGGGAAAUGGAACGUAUAAGGCCGUUCAGAAUUGGAGACCGGGUUAAGAUAAAGGACGGACUGGUUACACCUCGGUGGGGUUGGGGAAUGGAGACACAUGCAAGUAAAGGACAUGUUGUGGGAGUUGAUGCAAAUGGGAAAUUGAGGAUAAAGUUUUUGUGGAGAGAAGGCCGGCCAUGGAUAGGUGAUCCUGCAGAUAUAGUUCUAGAUGAAACUUCUGGCUGA